CCUUUUGUUUUCUAUAUCCACUGCUUGGUUUAGGAAAGCUCCCAAGAAGAAUCCCACCGACGUUUUCCUCUAUAACUCAACAACUCCCCCUCUCUAAGUAGUUGUGGAAUUUCUCAAUGGGAAACUGCUUGUUUGGAGGUAUGGGAGAUGCAGCUGGUGGAGUAGUCCAAGUGACGACGGCCAAUGGCGGCAUCAUGGAGUUUUACACGCCUAUUACAGUAAGCUCCAUCACCGACGAGUUUCCCAGCCAUGGAAUUUUCCGAAGCCAUGAUCUCUUCUGGAAGCCGCUCGCUAACAGCGAAGAACUUGUGGCAGGCCAGUCAUAUUAUUUGCUCCCACUCAACAGCCAAAGCAAUCACUUGGGAAGUAGUAGUACUAAUCAGCUUGUGCGUCAAGGCCAUGUUAGAUCCAACAGCAUACCUUUACCUACUUUGCUUGCCGGAGCGCCGUACCGGAUGUCGCUUGAUUACCAGGGAAUGGUGAGGAAAUCUUACACUGAAGCGUUUUCGAGGUAUAAUAAUGUGAGCUUUUGGAAGGUGAAGCUGGUGAUUAGCCCUGAACAGCUUUUGGAGAUACUAUCGCAGGAGGGUCGGACGCAGGAGUUGAUUGAGAGCGUGAGGACGGUGGCAAAAUGUGGGAGUGGUUCGGUAUCGGCUGCCGGGGGAUUUUCCGAUCAGUGGAGUCUUUCCAGUAGUAGCAGGAAUGCUUCUUCUACUUCCAAGAAAGAUUUUGGAUUGGUAGACAUUUGAUUCGUAGGAGUUGCAGCGUUGAUAUUUCUCUUUUUGUGUAUGGUCUUCGACUUGUAAGAAAUAGUGUGUCACUGCUCAAACCUCAAUGUACUGAUCAGAGUCUUAUAUCCAAAGUUAUUGAUUAUGUUGUGCCAUAUUUGUAGCAUAAUAUGAUUGUGUGAAGUCUGCAGAAAGGAUCAAAUGAAGAUGUGCCAGAGCCAAAAAAUAAGUAAUUAGGUCUUGGGUGUAGUCUUGAAAUUCUUGGGUGUGUCUA